AUGGCCCCUCUCCACUGCGACCUGUUGACACCGGGGAUGGGACCAGUCCGUGAGGGUGCGGAUGAGGCGAGUGGCGGGAAGGCUGAGGAAGAGGGUGAGCCUGAGGGUGCGGAUGAGGUGACGGUCAGGGUGGGGGUGAGGCUGAGAGCGGAGCCGCCGCGGGGGCAGCGGCGCCCCCCCCCCCCCGCCGCCGCGCCCUUCUUCGCCUCGCCCUCCUCCAAAAGGACCUUCCUGCAGGCUUACUUCAGGAACUUCAACCUCUCCUUUUGUGAUACUUACACGAUCUGGGACCUGCUGCGGGAGAUGGCCGGCCCCGACGGCCUGGACUGCAGCCUGGACAACCUGAUGGUGGACCUGGUGGUGGCGGCGGCCGGGGCGCUGGGAGGGGAGGCCUGUAGCAGCUGCGUCCAGGCGUACCAGCGGCUGGACCAACACGCUCAGGAAAAAUACGAGGAGUUCGACCUCUUGCUGGAGAAGUACUUGCAGUCGGAAGAGUACUCGGUCAGAUCCUGCCUGACGGACUGCAAGGCUGUCUACAAGGCGUGGCUGUGCUCCGAGUACUUCAACGUGACCCAGCAGCAGUGCCGGCAGCGGAUCCCAUGCAAGCAAUACUGCCUGGAGGUGCAGACCAGGUGCCCCUUUGUGUUACCGGACAAUGACGAGCUGAUCUAUGGAGGUUUGCCUGGCUUCAUCUGUACGGGGCUGCUGGAGAACCAGCUGCCCGACGAGGAGGCCAAGUGCUGCGAGGUGCAAUGGGACUCCUGCGAGCACCCCCCAGACAGCAACGAGGACACAUCCCCCAAAUCCACGGCCUCAGAGUCGCUCCAUUUCCACCGCCACGACCCCCACCUCCAUCACCAGAGGCAGAACCACUACCACCUCUACCACCACCACCACCACCAGUACCACCAGUACCACCAGCCCCACUCCCCGUCCUUGCUGCCGGUCUCUGCGGGGUCUCGCCUCAGCAGCAGCAGGAUCAGACUGUGCGUGCUGGUCCUGAUGCUCCUCCACACCAUGGUGUCCUUCUCGAGCGUGCACGGCGGCGGCGCCGGGGGGCUCGGCCUGGAGACCCCGCCCCUGCUCGCGCGGGGCAUCCCCGUGGUGAAGAGUCUCUAA